AUGCAUGUCUUUGGACACAGCUUCAGCCAGAAGCGCAAAUGCUCCAAGCGUCCUCGCGACCUUCACAUCCGCAAGGUUUCCUUCUCUGGCAGCUCAGUAUCAGGCAGCUCAUUGGACUCGAGCUCAACCGCCUCCGCCUGCACCACCAUUGCUCCUUCACAAUAUCGCGACUCGACGGCAUCUCCUCACCACCCUCCGCCUCGCCUGUACGAACGACCAUUCAUCGCCAUCCCUGACCGCAGACACACAGCCCAGCCGACGACCUUUUACGACAGUGAUGUGAUUGAUGAUGUGGAUGACGAUAUGGACGACGAGAUUCUGGGCGACGUGACCGAGAUCGACGAGGACCAAUUUCACCUGGAGAUGCCUCCCCACACCUGCUCCCUUGACGUCAACGACGACGAUGAGGAUGACUACUUCUACAUGGCUGUCACCAAGCGGCCACAAAUCAACCGCUCGCGAUGGUCCGAGUCCACCAUCCAGACCAUCGCCACGGAUAUCUCAAGACGCUCCAGCAUGGCCAGCGUUGCCAGCAGCAUCCACUCGACCAUUGAUGAGAGCGAGGUCCCUCCCGUUCUCAUCGAGCUACCAUCAAGCUUCACCAACCUCCAGCAGCCCCGUGCUCACUCCGUCCCUGGAGCCACUAAGCGACCCGGCAUGGUACACAUGGACGGGGUCGAGAGCUUCAUCAAGAGGGGCGGGUGGAAGCGACGAGGCAUCGUCUUCCACGGCGAGGAGAUCUACUCCGACUGUGAUGGCUUCUCACUCAUUUAA